AUGGCAGCUUUCCCGACCGAUGAGGGAGACUCCUUUUCUUCUUCCACUCACAAGGGGGACUAUGACGUCUUUUUGAGUUUUAAAGGUGAAGAUACUCGCCAUGGUUUUACUAGCCAUUUAUAUCAAGCCUUGUGUGACAAAGGUUUCAACACCUUCAUUGAUAAUGAAGAUCUCCAAAGAGGUGAAGAAAUUUCAGCGGAACUUAUUAAAGCCAUUAAAUCAUCAAUGAUUUCAAUUAUCAUAUUCUCUCAAAACUAUGCAUUUUCCACUUGGUGCCUCGAAGAACUUAUCGAGAUUCUUGAGUGUAAGAAAAAUGGACAAAAAGUUUUACCAGUUUUUUACAAAGUGGAUCCAUCUGAAGUACGCAAGCAGGAAGGUAGUUUUGGAUUAGCACUAACUACACAUGAAAAAAAAAUCGAGAAUAACAUUGAGAAAGUGUUGAGGUGGAGGGCAACUUUAUGUGAAGCAGCUAGUUUGUCUGGGUGGCAUUAUGAGAAUGGGUAUGUAUCUAACACUAAUCUUGUUCUUUUUAUAGCUUUCAAACCUCUGAUGCCUAUCCAAGAAAUAAUUAGAGUGGUAUCAAGUACCAAAUUAAAUCGCACAAAGUUAUUUGUUGCUAAAUACCCAAUUGGAGUAGAUUUUCGUGCAGAAUUUGUAGAAAAUCUUUUAGAUAUUAAGUCAAAUGAUGUUCACGUGGUUGGAAUUCAUGGCCUUGGAGGAAUAGGAAAGACUACAAUUGCAAAAGCUGUUUAUAAUAGAGUUGCUGAUCUAUUUGAAGGAAGUAGCUUCCUAAUGAAUGUAAGAGAAAAUUCAAGAACAGAUCAUAAGAUAAUCAAACUACAAGAGAAACUUCUUUCUGAGAUCUUAGGGAGCAAAGAAUUUGAGGUGCAUAGUACAUCCAAAGGAAUCAAUGUGAUCAAAGAUAGACUUUCGAGUAAAAAGAUUCUUUUGAUUCUUGAUGAUGUGGAUAAAUUGGGCCAAGUAGAAAAUUUUCUCAGAAAAUGCGAUUGGCUUGCUAAUGGAAGUAGAGUUAUUAUAACCACAAGAGACAAACAUGUGCUAGCCACUCUUGAAAUUGAUUCUUUAAUCUACGAGGUUGUGCAAUUGGAUCGACAUGAAGCUCUUCAACUCUUUAGUAAGUGUGCCUUCAACAAAGACAAACCUGAGGCAGAUUAUUUACAACUUACAAAUCAAUUCAUAUGUUAUACCAAUGGCCUUCCACUAGCUCUACAAACCGUAGGUUCAGAUUUACGCGGAAGAAACAUUCGCCAAUGGGAAAGUGAAUUAGAAAAGUAUAAGAAUAUUCCUAACAAAGAAAUUCAAAAAAUACUAAAAGUAAGUUUUGAUGGAUUGGACAAAAAUGAACAGGAUAUUUUCCUUGAUAUUGCAUGUUUCUUCAAAGGAUUAUCCAAAAAUUAUGUUGUGGAUAUCUUAGCUGGCUGCAAUUUAUAUCCGGAUUCUGGUAUUCCAAAACUUAUUGAUAUGUGUCUCAUAAGUGUUGAAUUUGACAAUUUAUGGAUGAAUGACUUGCUACAACAAAUGGGUAGAGAUAUUGUUCAACAAGAAUCAAAUGUGCCUGGUAAACGUACAAGGCUAUGGUGUUAUGAUGAAGCAUUAGAAGUUCUUACAGAAAAUACGGUAUAA